GUAGUGAAGUUGAAGUCUUCGAGAUCCGAAGUGGUUUUCGUACUAGUUGAGACCCAACAAACACGCGAUUCACCAAAACUCAAUUGUUCCUGCAGAUCACAAAAACCUUCUAAAAAUGGAAGCCAACGCCACCAUAAAAUCCUCAUCCACCGACGAGAUACAGCCCGUCGAAGAUAAAGUACCGGUGGAGCAUCCCAAAGAAGACGACCAUGCCGGUGGUGGUUGGGGAUGGGGUUUCUCUGCCUUUUCUGUUCUUUCAGAUCUUCAGAAAGCUGCUGAGGAGAUCUCUCGCAAUGCUGCUGAGGUUGCUAAGACAGCUGCAAAUAGUAUCUCUGACUUGCAAAACGAGUUAGAAGACUCAGAAUCUUCCAAGGAGGAUCAUCCAGAAGCAUCUGAUAAAGAUCAAGAAAGUGAAGAUGAGGAUGACAAGAAGCGAAAGGCUGCUCUGGAGAAACUUGAGAAAGCUAGUGAGGACACGUUCCUUGGCCAGGGCAUAAAAGCUAUUGACACUUCAGUGGAGAACUUUGCUUCAGGGGCUUGGCAGGCACUAGGUAACGCAUGGAAAGGGGGUUCUAGUUUUGUUCAGAAGCUAGAAAACUCUAUACAACAAGGUGGUAUACCUGCAGCAGGUUCUGUUACACCAUCUCUUCUAGAGACCGGAAGAGCUUUCACUGCUAAAGGCAUGCAAGUGCUAGAGUAUGUUGGAAAAGAAACCGUUGAUCUUUUGAUUACGGAAUCAGGCAUGGAGAUUGACAAAAAUGCUGGAGAAGGUGGACAUGAAACAGAAGAGGAUCAGUUGUUGGAGGAGGUCACAUUUGACAGGUGCUUCUACAUCUAUGGAGGUCCAGAGCAGCUAGAGGAACUUGAGGCAUUAUCAAACCAUUAUGCCCUGUUAUUUAAUCGAAGAAAAGCAAAGCUGUCAACAGAACAAAAAUCUGCAUAUGAUGUAAAGCUUAAAGAGGUCCAGCAAAUGCUCAGUUUAGACACUGGAAGUGAUGGAAACAGUGCAGAGUCGGAAAAGGGAAAGAAUGUAGAGAACAUAUAUGAUAGCUCUUAUGAUGAGAUCAAGAGUUUUCAUAGUUCAAGUGUGAGCAAGGCUGCAGAAAUGGCUGCAGGCUUUGCAAAUGCCUUAGCCGGACUGCCCCCAAGUGAUAUUGUUCAAAGAACUGGUGGCAGACUAGAUUCUCUUCACUCUGAGGGAAUUCAUAGACUUUCAGAAAUGUGUUGCAUUGCUGUUUCUCAACUUCUGGUCCUUGGGAAAUCAGUUAUACAUAAUGCAAACAAAGCACAAGAUGCCAAUGCCGAUGAGGAGAUUGUAAAAUUUGAAUGGCCUGAGGAUUGUAUUGAAAAAGCUAAAACAAUCAGAACAAAAACACAAUCAAUGACUGGAUAUCUGGAGGCAGUUGCCAUCAGCUUUGUGACAGGCAUAUCAGAUGUAGCCGAAGCUUAUGCAGCAGCCAUCAAAUCCGCUACUGCUGAUUCUCCUGACGUAGUUGUACCGGAGAAAUCAAUUCAAGAUAAAGUGAAGUCGUUUUCUGAGGAUAUACGUGUUAAUCGGACGACAGCCAUGGAUAAAAUUCAGGAAGGCCUACGUUUUUUGGCGUACGUCAUUCUUUCGACUUCCAUGCCUCCUGCUGCUGCUGCUGCUACUACAUAGGUUAGAUUAUUCAAAUUCUCCUUUUGUAUAUAGUUUGGGAUUGGAAAUCUAUUUGUAUACAUGGAUUUGAACUUCUCCCAGGUAACCUUAAAAAAGACAAAAUCCCAUUUCAAUAUUACUUCCCAUUUGACUA